GGACUUCCGUUUGUUUUGUAGUACGAACCAAAUAACGUAUUUUAAUUUUUGAAUUUUUUAUUCAUUGUGAAUAAAUAAAUUUGUUUUUUGAAUUGAAUAUUUUAGAUUUUGCGGUUUAAUGAUGACAGACGUAGAUGAGAUAAUUGAUUACAUAAAAUCUCUUCGAAAGGGUUUUGACAAGGACUUGUUUCAAAGUAAAAUCGAGGAUUUGGCGUACAUUGUUGAUACAACUGGCUUGGAUUACGACGAUUUCCAUGCUUUGUUUAAAAUUUGGUUAAACUUGAGUAUACCUAUAUCGAAAUGGAUUAGCUUAGGCGUAAGUUUAGUACCUCCAGACAGAGUCGAGGACCGAACUGUUGAAUAUUCCUUUCGUUGGCUUCUUGCUAAUUAUGAAAACCACACAAGUUUCUCCAGGAUGGGAUUUUUACUUGACUGGUUAACAGUUGCAAUGGACUGCAAUUAUAUUGAUAUGACUGCUUUGGAUUCAGGAUAUGAAUUAUUUUAUACUCUGUGUACAUUUGAAGUACUGACUGCACAUGUUAUAAAACUGAUAUAUACAUUGACAAAACCAGUUGAUGUAACAAGAAGAAGAGUUCUUGAAAUAAUUGACUAUGGCAAAAAACAGGCUAAAAAGAAUGUAUACAGACAAUUGCAAGUUUUAUUGGGUUUAUUUAAGUCCUAUAGACCCGAAUGUGUCCCAGAGGAUGUACCAGCUAUGUCCAUACAUACAGCUUUCAGAAAAAUAAAUGUAACUCUUCAUACAAGAUUCAAGAGAUGUCAGGAGCGCAGAAAUCAUUUGAGUGAAGAGAGAUACCAUUUAUUGUGGACAAAUCCAUUAAGUUUGGAACGUGCUAGAAAUAAGAAGGCCGAACCGUUAGUGCCAAAUAUGGAGUUUCUAAAUGUUAGCUCGAAACAAUAUUCAGACAAAGAACAAAUUAAAAAUUAUCUUGACUUUACAGAGGCGGGUGCAGUGGUGCGGCACCGGGUGGCGCGGCGCGGGCGGCGGCCGGCGCGGCUGCGGGCGCUGCUGCGGCGCGCGGCGGCGGGCGCGGCGCUGCUGGCGCUCGAGCCGCUCCACCACCGCGCCUUCUUCGCCCACGACCUGCACCACGUGCUCUCCGCCUGUUUCUUAGAUGGCUCUCCUCAUAGUUAUGCAGAGAAGCAGGAUCUCCUUCACAGGAUAGCAGUUCUACAACAUACAAUGCUGCAGGGCAUACCUGUUAUCACCAGGUUUCUUGCGCAGUUCUUGCCUUUGUGGAAUGAAAAGGAUUACUUUCCAGAGAUCAUGGAGCUUGUAGAAUGGGUCAGUGUAGACAGCCCAGCUCAGGUGUUGUCAAUUGUGAAUAUCUUCACUAAGAUAUAUUUGCGUGCGGACCCAAUGGAGCAGUGUGCAGUACUGAACACCCUUUCUAAUAUGUAUGUCAAUAUGGUUUAUGCAAGCACGAAAAGUCGUUACCAUUUUAUGAGUUUGGAGUCGUUUGAAGAAAAUUAUUCAACAGUACUACCUCAUGUUGCUGAAAGCAUCAGUGAUAUGUGUAACAAAGCACUACAAAUAAAUCCUGAAGAUAUAUGUGCAGCAUACAGCGGCGCUCAGGCCUUCGAGCGGGCUGCCCGCGCACACGUUCGCCGCGCCGCCGCCGCUCGGCGCCCGCUGUCGCGCCGCAACGGAGCCGCCGAACCCCCGCCCGCCUGCCGCUCGGCCGUCGCUCCGCCGCCGCGCCGCUUGUCGCUGGCGCUAGCAUUGCUGAGUCCGUCGGCCGCGUUGCUCGACAAGUUUGCCGGGCUCAUAGUCCUGUACAAGCAAAUCUUCAAAGCCAUGAAAGCUACAAUUAAUAUGCGGAAAGAUGACAUUUACUUAAACCAAAUGCAGACAUUGGGUGGUUAUACCUUUGACUUGAUUCACUGCCUGUACAGCGAGGAAGCCCUCAGUAGCCGUGACUCGGGAAUUGUGUUCAACGACUUGAAUCCACAGAUAGUUGAAAAACUUGAGUCUCUUAUGUCUGAUGUUAACUCAAUGUUGAGUCUGAGAAAUCAUAUAGCUCUGGCGCCAUACACGUAUAUACAGCUGGAGGCCAUAGAUCAUAGAGAUGCCGACAAUAAACUAUGGUUUGACGCUAUUAUUGACCAUGAGUUCAGUGGUCUGAGCGAACUAUUAAAAAAGUCAGGUGUACUUGACUGAUUUUGAAUGUAAACACUUUUUAAAUAUAACUUUAUUUUUAAUUUCUAUGUAGUAUAGAAUUAAAAAAUAAUUCAUACUCAUAAUAAUAAUAACUAUUAGUUGUUAAAUAAAUAGUUGGAAUAACCUUUCAUGUUUUGCUCUAAAUUAAAUUAUAAAUUUCAUUUUAAGGGAACUUUCGAUUUUUUUUUUAAUAUAACGGAAUGUUUUUACUAAACACGCUAGCGGCAUGUUUUGUGAAAUUACUACCAUUUUUUUUUUUAUUAGGUAAUUAAUAUUGAUAUUCAAUCAUACAUUCUAUUAAACAACAAUUGUUUAGUAUCUUUGUGCUAGAAGUUGUAAAACAGAAGACAAUGUUUAUUCAAUUUCUGUCAAUGUAAAGAGCUUUUGAGAGAAUUUGACCUAUGAGUUCAAUUAUUUACCUAUAAUUAUUAUACACUAUUUGGAAUGGUUUUGCAGGGGCAAACUAGUGUUUUCAAAUUCUGUUGUGAAUAUCCUUUAUGUAUGAUGUUUUUAAUUAUUGAGUAAAUAAUUUUCAUAAUAGAAUUUACUUCUUAUUUCUCUGAAUACCAUUACUAUAUAUAUACACCAUUAUUAUAGAAUUUUGUGAACCGUUCCGUUAGAAUCUGUACAAUCAUGACGCUAUUAAAAGUUAUUUUUUACUACUUUUUUUGCUCACUAAUGAGUUUUCAUAUUCAAUUAUCAUGUUUAUACUGUACGAUUUUAUUCAAUAAGAUGUAUUAUAAAUAGAAUUGUAAUUGACUUCUGUUUGUGGACGACAAUAAACCGCCUCCUAAUAUUAUUAAUUUCUUAAUAAACAAU